GCGAGGACAGUGUUUUGAGGUGUUGAUCGCUCAAGAUGGUUCGCACUUCGGGAUGCUACCGGCUAGAUUCGGUCCGUCUGUGCGGGGGCCAUACAGUACUGAGCAAAAAUAUAUAUAUAUUGUUGAUGUUGAUUGUUCUAUUAUCCCGGUCUCCUACCUCGAUAAUAAACCACGAUCUCUCAGGAUAUUAUUGAUCAAUUGAGUGUCGUUGACCCGGAACAUGUACCGAAGUCGGCACAGUGCUUUUCCGCCACCGCAGGAAUAGCCCUAACCCCGCAGUCUACAUCUAUGGACAAAUACCUUUACUUGCAAUUGUUCUUGAUCAGUGGGGUGACAGGUCUAAUAUCAGACAUGGCUCUACAGGAUGUCAAACACGUACAUUACAACUACUCCACGGUACAUAAUUAACAUCCUCCAUCAUAUAAAUCGCCAUAGAGUCAAAGUACCUGGGUGUAUCCUCAAUCGGCACUUUCUUUCCCCGCAGUGUGGGGCGAGCUGUUAUCGGCUCUUGUUUUCGGAUAAUAGCUUCAUACUCAAAAUUUGAAGAACUUCACUGUUCAUUGAGAUAUCUUCUUGUCCUUGUUAUGCGUCUCAGUGUUCCUAGAUAUCAUGCCAAAAUGUUGCACCAUCUUAUGAUUGGCACCUGGACGCCUCCAGGAAGAAUCUAUACCGUCGCAUUCGAUGACCAGGAAUUGACCUUGAAACUGGUCAAGAAGACCAUGAUUCCGGAAGAUGAGCCUAUAUCAUGGAUGACAUUUGAUCACACAAAAAAGAAUAUUUACGGUGCUGCCAUGAAGAAAUGGUCGAGUUUCUCCGUGCGCAGUCCGACUGAAAUCGUACACGAAGCAUCGCAUCCAAUGGGCGGAGAUCCAAUGGCCAACUCCGCCGAAACAAACACACGAGCGAUCUUUGUCCUUGCAGGCCACAAACCACCAUACAACGUCUACGGUAACCCGUUCUACAAACACGCCGGCUUCGGGAAUGUAUUUUCUGUCACCGAGUCAGGUAAAAUCGACAAGAACGUUCAGAACUUUGAAAUAGACCCUCACUCCGGUAUUCACGGCAUGGUCUUUGAUCCGACAGAGACGUAUUUGUAUUCGGCAGAUAUGGGCGCUAAUAAAAUCUGGACUCACAAAAAGGACCCGGAAACUGGUCUUUUGACCUUGGUCGAUAGCAUCGAUGCUCCCGCACCGGGUGAUCAUCCUCGAUGGGUUGCCAUUCACCCUAGCGGUCACUACUUGUACGCCUUGAUGGAAGCAGGUAAUAGAUUGGCGGUAUACGUGAUUGACGAAAGGCGUCAUGUCCCCGUCUUUACGCACAUGAUAUACCCCUUAAUCCCCCCUGGACUGCCACCACGCAACAAAUAUCGAGCAGACGUUGUCUUCCCCUCUCAUAGCGGAAAAUACCUUUUCGCUACUUCGAGAUCCAACCAUAACGAUGUCCAUGGCUAUAUCAGCGCUUUCCGACUCGGUUCUCAGGGGAACAUUGAGAAACAAUUGUUUAUUAACCCGACAUCAACCAGUGGAGGACACUCGAAUGCGGUGAGUCCAUGUGACUGGAGUGAUGAGUGGAUAGCUCUGUGUGAUGACCAGGACGGGUUUGUGGAGAUUUAUCGAUUCCAGGAUGAAUUAUUGGCCCGUGUUGCGAGGUGUGAUAUUCCGGAGAAGGGAUUCGGGAUGAAUGCUAUUUGGUAUGAUUAGUUGUAUAUUAGCAUGCGCAAAUCGAAAAACAUGGACAAAUAAAACGAAUUAUGUCGAG